AUGUCAGCUACAGAAGAUACAACAAGAGUCAGUGCUACUUUGAAUAUUGUGAACGAUAAUACUACCAAAGAAACAGCAGAAAAAGAAAUUCACGCCCCACAGACAAGACAAAAAACAGGUAAAAACAAAUCUGUAACUUUACCUACCUUUAAGAAGAACAAUAAGAAAUCAGUUGAAGCUCCAUCAAAAGGUUUAGUUUUAGUAGAGGAUGGAGAAGGAUUCAAAACAACAGAAGGAAUAGAAGAAACGAGGAAGAACGAUGAUAUCAACUUAGGCUCUGAAAGUCAUAAUUUAGAUAAAUCAGACACCAGUAGUUUGUCAGAUUUCACAAGUCAAGGGUUGUUAAUGAAAAGUAAUGAUCGAUUAGAGUUAUUAGAGGAUGUGGUCCAUCGAAAAUUGAAAAAAAAUUUAGAUGAGGUUCCGUCUGACUAUAGACAAGGUUCAAGCAACUAA